CGCACCUGGUCCAAGAACCCAAGUUUUAGAUCUAGAGUGAUGUCAGCAUGACAUUGAUUUCCUGAGGCCCAGGGGUGAAGGAGCUGAGGACAGCAGAGGGGUGAAGGAACUCAGCUACAGACAGCAGCAGCUGAUGCACAGGCCUCCCAGCGCCUGAAGUCACCCGGAAUUGGGAAGUGCUCAGAAGCUUACAAAGCUGCCUCGAGAUGGAAUUUUACUGUGUCAAGAAGCAUUGAAUGCUGAGCGGGAGCUAUGUCAUCCAGAUACAGAUCUCUGCAGAUUUGAUGCUACAGAUGAAGAGUUGAGAUUGUGUCAGGCCUGUGGGUUUGAAUUUGACAUGUGUGGGUGGACGUCAGAAGCAUCUGCUGGCCAAAUUUCCUGGAUGCGCACAAAAGCGAGAGAGAUCCCUGCAUUCGAAUCCACACCUCAGCAGGAUCAAGGAGGUGAUGAUGAAGGUUAUUAUGUAUGGGUAGGCGCUAAGCAUGCUUUCGCUCUUAACCAUUUAGACAGCAGGGCUUACCUAAAUAGCUCUGUGUGUCAUUGCCUGGGCAAGAGCUGUCAUCUUCAAUUCUAUUAUGCAAUGGAAAGCAGUGUCCUGAGAGUAAGACUGUAUAAUAAUAAGGAAGAAGAAAUAUUUUGGACAUACAACAUAUCAACUCACAGCCAAUGGGUGAAAGCAGAUGUGUUAAUACCAGAAGAUCUGAAGACAUUUAAGAUUAUUUUUGAAGGGACUCUUUAGAGCCAGAGAAGUUUUAUUGCCCUUGAUCACCUCUGGGUCUAUGCCUGUGGACAGACCCAAUCCAGAAAGCUUUGCUCUGCAGACGAAUUCCCUUGCACUAGUGGCCAGUGCAUCGCCAAAGAAUCUGUCUGUGAGUCUCGGCAGGACUGCUCCAAUGAGAGUGAU